AUGAAGCUCACUUCCUUGACGGCGUCUAUUCUUGCGGGUGCCAUCGGCUUCGUACAAGCACUCCCAGCAGCCCACGAUCAACAACCCACCGAGCUCGUGGACCUUUGUUGCUGGGGACUUGGCAUGACUGACGACUCUUGCACGGGCGUCAAGUGUCCGGAACCGACUCUCGCGACCUGGCACGUUGAAAAAUCCAAACCGGAGCUCAAGCCAGUUGAUGACCAGAAGCCGUGCUGUUGCUGCGACAUCUCCAUUCCCGCAAUAUCAUGCAGGCUCCGGCCUGAGAAAGAUGGAUGCAUGUGCGCCAUGGUCGUGUGUCCCCCUGAGAGUCCUACUAUUUGGCCAGGAUCAACUACGUCUCCCACAGCAACCCCUACUCCUACUCCCCACUGA